AUAAAUAGACACAAAUCAGACAUCAGGAAUGGUAACAUACAAAAAGCCAGUAGGAGAACACUUCAAUCUUCCUGGACAUUCUAUAACAGAUUUAAAAGUAGCUAUACUUGAACAAAAAAACUUCAGAAACAGACCUCAAAGAGAAACAGCAGAACUAAAAUUCAUUUGCAAAUUUAACACCAUUAAUUUGGGCUUGAAUACGGACUGGGAGUGGCUGGCUCAUUACAAAAGCAGCUUUGCCUCUCCUAGAAUUGACACCUCCCAUCUAUUAUUGAGAGAGGACUACAUCCACCCUGAUCGAAUUGGCCCUGUCAACACUGGUUCUCCACUUGUGAGGUAACUCCCUUUUCUUCAUGUGUCAUUACAUAAUGCCUGCAUCUGUAAUUUUCACUCCAUGCAUCUGAAGAAGUGGUUUUUUACCCACAAAACCUUAUGCCCAAAUAAAUCUGUUAAUCUUUAAGGUGCCACCGGACUCCUUGUUGUUUUUAUGAAAAUGUUGUGUCUCGUUCUGGCUGGAAAAUAGGAUCCAAAUCUUUGAAGCAAACAGAAAAGAGCUCUCUGGCAUUGUCUUCUGAUUCAGAGCCUGUACUUGCUGUUUAUCCUAGUUCAGGGUUUUAAAAUAUGCCACCAAGACCUGUAUUUCAUUUCUCCUAACAUUUCAUCUGACUCAGCAAACAGGCCAUCUGUUUGUGUUACCCAGUGUGUAGAAAUCUGGUGUGAAGUUGUACCAGUUUCCCAAAUGCAGAAGUGAAUCACUCCCACCCAGACUCAGAUGUUAUGAGAAUUAAUGUAUACAAAACCAAAUUGUCUUACCCACAGAGGGAAAAAAAGAGGAUCUGUACAAGUUAGCCAACUGUGCAAUAGUCACAUUAAGCCAGGAUUAUUUGUUAAAAGAUUCAAAGGGCCUGAACUUCCUCCUUUUAAUUUCAGUGGGAGCAGGUCCUAGUUUAAAUUGAUAGGAAAUUAUAAUUCUAUAUAAAUUUACACUUAGUGUAUAUUACAUAUAUUAUACUUUCAUGCUGUGGGUCAAAUCUUGUAGUCCUUACUGAAACAAAACUCCCAUUGAAUGACUUGACCCUGUAACUGGGUGAAUAUAAAUACAAUUUUUAAAUCCGUAUUUACAGCUUUUGAAAUGAGUCGAUUCUUGUUGGGCCGAACCCUUAGAUCCUUUCCAGUUUAUACUCAGGCUUUGCUCUGAUUCAAUGGGAAGUUGCCACAGAAAGGCUGGAAUAAAAAAUGCAUGUCUGAUACUGAGGACAUAAUCCUGCUUGUUGAAGUAAGAACCUCUGAUUUUUGGCAUAUUAAAAUUAAAAAGAUGGAGCACUGUAUCUGUGGAGCUGUCAUCUCUGCAGACUCCACAUCAGUAGCAUAGAUAAGGGUGGCCGCAAUAUACUCCACUUUAUGAAAUCAGGUGCUGACCUUGGGCUCCUGUAAAGUUGCCAAGGCAACCUCAGAUGGGCAAAGUUUGGACACCCUGGCUUAUUCAGUCAUUUUGCCCACGUUCUUGCUGCCAAACCAAGAUUAACAGGACAAAGUGGAAGGCAAAAAUUUGUGCCUGAAAAGUAAGGUGAAUUUUUUUUUCAAAUCUGAAUACAUUCAUCCUAUCUAUUGAGCUGCUUUCUCAUUGGUAUAUUCUCUAUUAAAGAUGUGCAUAGCCGUUUCCUGUUUCUUUAGGGGCACGCUUUGCGGUAGUUUCCUCUUUCAAAACCAGCUCCUGUUCACAGUAGUUAUGGCAUCACAGUAAAAACUGCAACACCGGAAUACAUGGCUUGCCAGGUAAGUCCAGAACGUCUAAGAAACCAGCAGGGCAUAACUUUUAUCAGCAAUAUUAUCCUCUAGUAGAGUUCUCCAGCUGGUUCUCCUUGAAUGUGAUGCUGACAAUAUCAGACAGAACUGCUAAACACUGAGACAUACAAGGGCGUGGAGAGAGAUUGUCUGAUGCUAUAGUACCAACGUGCAUGAGGCACAAGGCAGAAAGAAAGAAAUUUCAGUGCAGUGGAUGGGAUCCUUGUCGUUGUGCCCUGGGAAAUUGGCAGAAGAAAGUAAGACUACAGAGCUUGCUCUUCUGUAUCCAAGCUGGAAUUAACUCAAUGAUUGUUCUAAGGAGGGGACAAUGAAUAGCACUCUUGAGUGCAUUGAAGAUUACAAUCUGGAUAAGAACUUGUUUCCAUUUGUUUACAUCAUUGUGAUUGUGGUCAGUAUUCCUGUCAAUAGCACAUUCCUCUGUGUAUCUUGUAUACAAGUGAGGAAAAAAAAUGAAUUAGCAAUAUACCUCUUCAGUUUAUCCCUAGCUGAUCUCCUAUACACUCUGACCUUGCCUCUGUGGAUUGAUUACACUUGGCAUCAAGAUAGCUGGCGAUUCUCUGCUUUGCUUUGCCAGAUUUCUGCCUUCCUUAUGUACAUGAAUUUUUACACCAGUGCUGCCUUCCUCACCUGCAUCUCCGUUGAUAGAUAUCUGGCAUUAGUUCACCCUCUCAGGUUCCAACACCUGCGCACAAGUAGAUUUGCCUUGCUUGUUAGCAUCUUUAUUUGGGUUUUGGAAACCAGCCUGAACUGUAUGAUUCUGGUAAAGGAUGAAACAUUCACUCAAGUUUGCAAUUCCACUAGCCAUGUCUUAUGUUAUGAUAAAUAUCCUUUGGAAAAAUGGCAAGGCAUACUAAACAUCUUCCGGAUAUGCUCAGGAUACAUGAUCCCUUUGGCAAUCAUGCUGUUUUGCUACCAAAAAAUCUACCAGGCUGUGAGGCAUAAUCAAGCCACAGAAGACAGAGAAAAAAAGAAAAUCAAGAAGCUGCUAUUGAGCAUCACCAUUACUUUCUUCUUUUGCUUCACUCCCUACCAUGCUGUGUUGCUGAUUCGCAGCAUCAAUGAGCCGAACAAUGUCAACUUUGUCCAUAUGUUUAAGCCUUAUAGAAUUACACAGGCCUUAACAAGUUUCAACUGUAUUGCUGACCCAAUUCUGUACUGCUUUGUGAGUGAAACUGGGAGAACAGAUAUCCUGAACAUGCUCAAGCGCUGCUUUUGUGUGCAGAAAUCUGAGUUACAGCAGCCAACAGAUGUUACUAUGACUAGUACUAUUAAAAAGAAUUCUACAGCAGUGACACCUAAGUCAUCUACAGACCUGGAAAGGACAGCACAGCACAGCAAGCUAGUUGUUUCAUCAAAGUGUUCCAAUGCUGGCCUGAGAACAUGAUGCAUUUCAUAAGUGAAUGAGAAAUUUCAUCACCCUGGAAGAAUUGAAAAAAGGAAGCACCUCCACUGUAUUUACAUUGAUGAGCAUUGUUUUGAACACAUACCAGAGCCUGCUGACGCCUGAAAAGAUCAGCUACAGGAAAGCAUAACUAUUAAAAAGUACUGUUCUUUGAUAACUGGCCAACGUUGUGAGCUGCCCUCAGCCUUGCUACAAUACCUUAGUAUGUAAACAUCUUUCAGCACAUACUGGAAAGAAAAAAAAAAAACCAAAACACAGCUGUAAUACUCACUUGGUGGCAAGGCAGUGCCCUCUCUGUUGCAGCAUGGAAAGAGUAUUGCAGAGGGAUUCAGAAGACUUAGGUUCUGUUCCUGGCCUUCUAGUCUCUCACUUGGCAAGUCACUAAGGUCCUGAUUCUGCACAGGUGGACCUCUGCAUCCGCAUGGAGUCCCACUGACUUCAGCGUGGUGCUGCCCAGGUGCCUGCCCCUGUAGAUCUCAGUGUAAGAUCUCCAUGUCUAUUUUCUCAUUUAUAAAGUGUGGGAAGUGCUUGUCCCACCCCUUUCCAUAGCACUUUGCAAUGCUAAGAUGGACAGUACAUUAUAACAUGUCUGUUGCUAUAAAUGUAAUUCUUGUGUUAUAUUAAAAAGAGGGUGGGAAAAAUCAAACCAAUGCAACCAAAUCAGCCUAGACUUAGCCAAAUUUAGAUCUACAGUAAGCAGGUACAUCUUUACGGAAUUCAUUGGAGUUGCAGCCAAACAACUUACAACAGGCCUGAAUUUGGCCCUGAGCUUUUACAGGCCUUUAAUUUCCCCACAGUACUACCUAAGGGCCUGAUCCGGGACUGCUUGCAUAGUCACACGUAUAUGUUUUUGCAGAAUCACCUCUGAAAUUGACUAAAUUUCCCAAAUGGUUUUGGAGCUAUUUGGAGAUAAAGAAAUAAUGUAGCUUUGCUUACAAUAGGCAUAGAGACUGGAAUUUUCAAAGGAGCCCACAGGACUUAGGAGUCCAACUGCCACUGAAUUUCAAUAGGAUUUGGGUGCCUAAUUCCCUUUGGCUGCUUUGAUAGUCCCAGUGUCUCUGCCCAAGACUAAAUUCCAGCUUCAAGGGAGCUUUGGGAGUGUGGGGAAUGCAACGUGUUAAACUUAACAUCAUUGAUGUAUUUGUCGAAUAAAUAUUACAAAGCUAAAAAAUGU